AAAAUGACUUCGCUACUACGUCAGUUGCAUGGCUCGUACAUUACCGCGAUAACUGCUCAUCAAGGGUCUUUAGUUUAUGAAUAUUGAACUCGGUAGUUGACGUCUUCAUGUUUUUUGUCUUUCCGUAGAGCUGAAUUACAAGACAAAUACAUUAUACUGAAUAUAGAAAUACAAUGUAUUACCAGAAUAAUUUGAAAAAUUAUUAUUGUUCCCUCAUAAAUUAUUAUUUCAGUUCCUCUUUUUCUCAUUUUGUUUUGGCUUAACUUUUAGACAAAACCAAAAUAUGGAAUUUAUCAAAAACCCUGCUGUUGGUCGUCUGUGCCUUUCUUUAACAACAAAUUGAAAAUGAUGUGAGAGAUGUGUAUAGACUUGCUCACAAAUAACAAGAUGAUUUGGUCACCAAGCAAAACAUAUGAGGUUUGCAGAGAGUGGCUUCUCUAGAUAUUAUUUUCACAGCAGAUAGGAUAAAAUAUCACUCGUUCACUCAAAUGCUUUUGGGCACAGGCGUAUGUGUGUGUUUUUGUGUUUCUGUGCAGGGUGUCAUAUUUCAGAGGGCUAUAAAAGGGUCAAAACAGUAUCUUUUUUAGUAGUAGACGGGAGAUGAGCAGGUAAGAGGUUGCAGCAGUCACCACUAAAAAGCACAGAAGGAUGUACAGAGCUCAAGACUUUGUUUGACCUGUUUUCCUCAAGAUGGACUCUGGUUUAAUGUGUGUUUGAGGAGUACUUUUUGUUUGCCAGGCAUCCUGAUUUUCACUAACACCAUUAUGGCUUUAGAGGAUAUUUGCAGUUUCAACGACACUCCUGUAUAUCACAAGUGGUCUUCUGCUUCAGCAUUUGAAGGUACAGCCUCAUCUUUUCAUAUGACUGACUAUUACAGCAUUGGAUCGAGAAGACCAAAGACAUGUGAGACAACUUGUGAUGUGCCGCUGCAUUUUUUCAUACCAGCUUUACCAAACUCUGCCCCUUUCGACCGCAGACAUUCAUCCCCCUUUUCCCCUGCUGACCAUUCAGUGACAGUCCACAGGCCUUUCCCUCUGUCUCAUGGAACAACAACUCUUGGUUUUGCCUUCCAAGGUGGAGUCAUUGCAGCUGCGGACACACGUGCCAGUGCAGGGGGACUUGUUGCCUGUCCAGCUGUUCAUAAGGUUACACCUAUUCACUCCCACUUGGUGGUUACCUCCUCUGGUAGUGGUGCGGACUGCAUGUUGUGGGAGCGAAUUCUGACCAGAGAGAUCAGACUCUACCAACUGCGGCACAGACAGCGCCUGUCAAUACGUGGCACUGCUAAACUUCUGUCAUUUAUGCUGCACCCUUUUAAAGGGACUGAUGUGUGUGUGGCUCUUACACUGUGUGGCUGGGACAAAGAAGUGGGUGGCACUGGCUGUGCAAAGAGGUCACAGGACUCAUCCUCUUUGACUGGUAAUAGCUCCUCAGCUGCUGUUAGUAGACAAGAUGUUACUGCAGCAGUAUGUUCUGCAUCCCCUAACAGUGGCCCAAAGGUGAUAUAUGUGUGCAGCGAUGGAGCCCGACUGCAGGGAGAUAUAAUUUCUGUGGGCUCAGGUUCUCCUUACGCUUACGGAGUCUUGGAUAGAGGACUGAGGUGGAACCUGAGCAAAGAGGAGGCCAUCUCCUUGGCAAGAGAAGCUGUGUUCAGAGCCACUCACAGGGAUGCCUACUCAGGAAACAGUGUGGACCUCUUCCAUAUCACAGCCCAGGGAUGGAAACAAAGACAGAGGGAGGACCUAAAAGAGGAGUAUUACAGAGACAUGGAGAGGAAGGCAAAGAUAGUGGAGGAAAGAAAAAGAGUGACAGAAGUGAAAGCUCCAAAAUGAAGCAAAGUAUUUAUGUCUGGAAGGAGGGGUGGGGUCAGGGGGAUAACAUUUUCAUUUUCAGAAAAAAUUAUGUUCAACGUUGCUCAGUUUGACUUUUGCCACAUUCUUCAUAGUUUAAUCACCUUUGUUUUCCAAUAAAAAUCUUUUGGACAGAUUUCAAGAAAUGUACCAUAGUAAGUGCUGUAGCCUUGAAGUCUGUUUUUUUAAAUUCGAUAU